AUGUUUUUCUUGUUAAAAUCAGGGCUUUUCAACGGGCUUACAAGAGUGGGAUUUGGGUUGCAAGGUACAAUGUUUCCUGUGCAAGUUAGAACGUUGAUGAAAACACAUAAGGGCACUGCUAAACGAUGGAGAAAGACAUCUACGAGCUUCAAGAGAGGUAAAGCUGGAAGAAAUCAUGGAAAUGCAGGUUGGAGCAGAUCCUCAUUGAAAAGUCUCAGUGGACGAGCAUUGGCACACACUACGCAUUUGAAACAUCUCAAAAGGUUGCUGCCUUACAAUUGA